AUGGCGUUCUUGCAUUCCGUGCUUAAUGAUGUCUAUGAGAAACAGCCUUACAAAGUAGGGAAAGAAAGCCAUUUGAAGAGUGUUGUUGAUGCUUUGAAUGAGAAAUUAUGUUCAGGUCAUGAUGGUUUUCAAGGUGUCAUUACUGAGGUGGCCACGAGAGUCGGGAGGUAUAAUAGGGAGGUGGAGAGGUCUAAUAGAAAAAUUAAAAGUAAAAUAGAAAGAUUGCUAGAGCAGGUAGGUGAAGAGUUCGAGAGCAUGAUUACGAAGAUUCCUGGUGAAGAAAUUUUUGGUAAACUGCAGUAUAUUGGUGAACAGGUUAGUGAUGCAAAACUGUUUGCCGAAAACUAUGUGGGAUACGGCGCAACGUUUGAGAGUAGGCUUCAGCCCUUGGAACAAAAUAUAAAUGAUCUCAAUUCACAGUGUAAGAAUAACGUGAUCAACGCGAGAAAACAGAUUAAGCAUGAGACUGAGAGGCUUCGUAAAUUGUCGGAGAAGGAAUGGAAGGACUUGAAAAGUAUGGAAAUGAAGAUUACGACGGUGCUUCAAAAGCUCGGAGUAGACGUUAACGCACAUAUUAGCAGGGAAGUGAAAACACUAGUUGAGAAUUUGAAAGCAUUGGUUCAAAAAAUUAAAGAUUUGCUCAACGACACUUUCAAAAAGCUGAGCAACUACAUUUUCGAGUUGGAAAAGUGGAUGAAAAAUGCGGACACUAUGGUGAAUAGUGCAAUGGAAGGGACGACGGAAAUUGCCGAUAAGAAGCCCGGAAAGAAUAAUCAGGAGAUGAUUAACGCAAAAGCGGGGCAGGUUAAAGAUUGGAGUGGUUGGCUUGAAAGGUAUAUAAGUGAGCUUACGAGGCUGACUGGUGAAGUUGACGUGAGGAUUACGGCGCUUGCAGGGGCGUUUAGUGAGAUCAAAGAUGAAACUAAUAAAAAUAUUAAAGGGAUUUUGGAACAUGUUAGAGGGAAGGUUGGGGAGAUUAAAGAAGGGGUUAUUGGAAAUGGCUCCGGACAAGAUGACAGUAUCGAUUAUAAUUGGAGUGAGCUUCAGAGGCAAAUUACGGCGCUUGUAAAUCAAAUUAGCGGUACUGAAUAUUCCAGCUACGGCCUCAAAAAGAUUGUGAAGGAGGUAGAAAAGUAUGCGCAGGGGUUCAGUAAAAAUGAUAGAUCCCGCGAAAAUAAGUUUCAAGGCAUGGUGAAGCAAUGGGUUGAUGAUAUUAUGAAAAAUAAUGAGAUGGUUAAGAAGAAGCUUUGGGAACAUGCCAGCAGCGGUUCGCCGCUGAGAUAUAGCAAUCUUGGUCAUCUGCAAAAUCCUCUCAAGGAUCGUAUCAUGAAUGUUGUUGGAGCGGAAGCCAACGAAGCUGGUGAAUUAGUCACAAGUGAAAUCCAAAAACCCGGCAUCGACAGUAUUACCACAAAUCUUAACGCUGUGAAGAGUGGCAUCGAUCACUUUUCCACCAAGCUUGGCAUGAAACUUACAACCGACCGAAGCGGCGCGCUGAUACAAGAAAUUAUCCAGCCGCUUUCUCAACCAUCCGGUUUACUGCCAAGAACGACAACUUCCAACCCAGCAAGUCUUACUUGUGCAGUCGAAGCGGCUCUAGCAGCCUUGCACGCCACGGCGAAACGGAAUGUCGAUGACAUCAGUACAAUAAUUACGCAAUACUAUCUUGGUAACGUUCAUGAUGCUAUAAGGAAUGUCAACAAAAUCAAUAAGCACAUUGACGGGCAAGGUGACGAAGCAGACGACUACGGCAAGAAAAUAGAUGACGCAUUGAGAAAAGUGCAGCAACCGCUUAACUCGCUCCACUCCCAAGUCAACGAGGCAACUGGACACCCCGCCGGCUCAUCCGGCAAACCUAAUCACGCCAAAAACCUGGACGAGGCAAUUGAGGCUGUAAAAAACAAAGCGGUAGAACUAACCACUGGCGAUACAACUGCCAUGGCGACAUUGUCCGACCAAAUAAAAUCUAAUCUCGUGGCUCUGACAGGGGAAUUUGCCAUCGCUGGCAAAAAGGUCAUUGAGCAAUUGGAGAAGCUUAAAAGGGAGAUCUCUUUAAACAAGGAUGGAGAAGGCCUACAUAAAAUACACAAACAACUUAAAGAGCUUCACGGCGUUGCGGUAACUGAGGCCCUCAGUGCUGCUGAGAAAUUCCUUAAACCGGACGCCUACAAACUUCGAGAUGAAACUAUCGAAAAACUCCGGGGACAAGUCGACAAGGAAAUAGAGAACGCUAAAAAGCUAAUGAUCAAACAGGCACAGAAAAUUUACGUGACGUCAGUCAGAGACUUAUUGACUGAGUACUGUAAGAAAUGUCACAACGAGCUUAGCAGCCUUCCACAACAAAUCACCGACGAUUUGACCUCAGGAUUCAAAGGCUUCAUGAAAACGCUAGAAGGAAAGCCUACCAGUGUGGCUACGCGUCGUAGAAGCGUCACAGAUCAACCAGGUAAACUGGAGGAGUUUAAAAAUGCUGUAACUUCAAUUUCGCCAACUUCGUUUACGGCAGCAGAUUUCAAAAAUUUAGCAGCAGCAAUCACAACAUACAUUCAUCCAAUUUACGAAGAUGUUAUGCGUCAAAUUACUCCCUUACCUCCACCUCGGAUUCAGACUCCAACUGAAGAUCUCAACGUUGACAAACUCACUGAUACCAAAAAAGCAUUUGACACCUUACUUACGCAUCUUAUCGGCAAUGGAAAUAGGCAGUAUAAUUAUGAUAAUGAUUUCUUUAAAAAAUAUGAUGCCCUUAAAAUUGCAGUUGAGAAUUUAGACCCUUCCCAAUUCGCAAACCCGCGGCACCCGGAGCUGCUGGACGCCGUAGGGAAAGCACUGCAGGGAUUCACAGGGGAGCUUCAGAAGGCGUACAUAAACAUGUACGACAGUCGUGUAUUCCUAGAAGAUUUAACGAAAAAAGAUGAAACCGUUAAGACUGCAACCAGUGGAAAAUCCCAGUCACCAAAUGAGCCCCAAAUCAUAUUGACACCGUAUGGUGAAAAAUGCUCGAAAGUAUGUCUCACGGUUUUGAUAAACCUUCACGACUAUUUUGGUCGUUUGAGAAUACAUUGUGAAAGCAAUGGUUUCUCAAAAAAAAUGAAUGCUAUCACCGAACUCGGCAUCUUACUAAAGAAAUUCGGGUACAACGUGGCCACCGACAGGAAAGAGCAAAACGGUGAAUUGCGAAAUUCACCUGAGAUGCAAGGGCAGCAUAUAAUUCGUGAACUUGCUAAGCCAAUAUCGAGUGCCGACACUAACGAACAUCUCCCCAAGUGCCCUUCACGUGAAAAUACAAAAGGCAACAUUAAUCUCUUAGUCAUCCUUCGAUGCCUACACAGUCAUAUUGACGAUUUGUUCCGAGUCGGCCACAUAUCUACAUUCGCCGCCAAGAAGCGCCCCUCUUCCAUCUACGAAAUGUUGACGUGGCUCACUGGUUUACAGUACAAUUCCGUUUAUCACUCAUUGUUGCACGACGGUGUCAGUGGCCUGCUUGAUACACCAGAUAAGCCUAUUACUGGUGACGCAGAGGGAUUUGAUGUGCCCGUAUUUGAUUACCAUUCCUCAUACCUUAAAGCAUAUCCAACUAAGAUAACUUAUAAUGAUUUCGAGAGGGCGGUCGAGGAUAUAUGCUCCAACUCCUAUGACCUUCUGGUAUCCAUCGUCGGCACCGGAGACUCAUACGCCAAAUAUGGGUGUGAUUAUUUUUGUAAUUCAUUCGGCUUACAUUAUCCAACUUCAGGAGAAGACUGUCUCCAUUCGUUGCUCGAUGUAUUGCGUCGAUUAUUUCCAGUGCUUCGGUUCUUAAAUAUGCAAUGUGGUCUGGACACUCAGCAAAACGGCUGGGCAGCAUGCCUAUACGGCAAAGACAUAAUGACAACAAAAUCGCAGUGUACCGAUCAUUCAAUCACUAAACCAAACUGCGAAGCACACUGUCAACCAAAUGGCCAUUCAAACACUAAACCAAAUUGCCAACCUACGUGCCGACCAAACUCGCCGCUAAUGUCCUACCUGAAUGACUGCCUGCCCGGUUGUCUGCCCCACGAACUUACAUCGGUUGGUUGUACAUCCGUGUGCUUGACGUGCCCAAAGCUUAAGAAGGGUAUGCCUUGUCUUACACCAUUAGGGUUUAGAGCCUUUUCUACGUCCACUAAAACAGGCAGUGAUUUAUGUAAACUCAUUAAAUCUUUUUUCGGUAAUGACCUAGUGUCAGCGUUAUUCUGCCUUGUGACGAAACCUCCGGCAUCCCUUCCGGAGCACUUUGGGUUUGCACUAUGCCUAGUGAGAAAGUGGCAAAACACCGGUGGUUACCCACUUAAAACUGCUAUCGAAUCAUCUAUAGAAACCCUGUCUAUCAAACUCCACGACAAUCCCAGAGCAGUUACCGAUGCGUUGCGUAAAGCAUACGGUAGCAGCCACAGUGAUCAUGGCAAGCAUGACGGCAAGUCGGCUGACCUUUCGAGCCUCUCAAUGACGAUGUCGUGUUCCGAUCAGCAGUGCGCACCCUAUCUGAAUUGCUUGUAUUCCGAUGCAUAUCGUUUCUUAGUUCACAAGAAUUCUGACACCUAUGUAUCAUGGGUCAUUUACCUUUCGUUUAUAUUUCAUGAAUACCUCAAAGAUCUAUACAAUGCCCUCACUAACAUAUCAUGUAGCAACUGGGGAUGCCGCAAGUGUCAACACCAAGGAACUACGUGUAAGGCAGGGCAGCAUGGGACAUCGGUGACAUCCUGCAAUUGCGCUUCGGUGGUCAGUUGUAACGCUGUCAUGCCCACAUUAUAUCAAUGUGGUUACACGUUUGGAGACGCGCUGCAGCUAAGUGACCGCAAUAGUAGAAAGACGUGCUUCAGGCUUGUCGAUCAAUUGCGCAAAGUUAUCCAUUCCAACUAUUUCACGGAGCUUUUCGACAAAUGCGACGAUUUUCUCCUUCAAAUAAGGAAGCCCUUCAUGUCAUUAUUAUUAGCCCUCUGGUCGCUGUCGCUCCUCUACCUGCUGCACAUCACCGUCGUCCGCCUCGACGUCCUGAGGAUACGCUCACACCUGCGCUCGCCCGCAAGCCACCGCAUCGCCGCGCAGUCGCUCCUCGCCGCCGCACGCGUCAAGGCACUCGCCAACGUCAAGUACUUCUCACCAUAA